GCGUCCUCCCCUCGGGCACGGGACGGAGCCGCGGGAGGUGACAGCGGGGGACACGAUGGCGGUGCCACCCUGCGGGAGGCUGCCGCGGUACCUGCUGCUCCUGGCCGUCACCUGGGGCGCCACUCCUGUCCCCUCGCCAGCCCAGGCGCUGCAGAGGAUCGCCCUGCGGAGGAUGCCCUCCAUCCGCCAGACGCUGCAGGAGAUGGGCGUGAAGGUGCGGGAGGUGUUCCCGGAGCUGCGCCGGGCCACACGCGCCGGAGGGGACGGUCCCCGCAACGGGACAGCGCCCACCCUGCUCACCAACUACCUGGACACCCAAUAUUUCGGCGAGAUCAGCAUCGGGACCCCUGCGCAGACCUUCAAGGUGGUCUUUGACACGGGCUCGGCCAACCUGUGGGUGCCGUCCUACAAGUGCUCCCCCCUCUACAGCGCCUGUGUGUCCCACAGCCGCUACGACUCCUCCAAGUCGCGCACCUACAUCGCCAACGGCACCGGCUUCGCCAUCCGCUACGGCAGCGGCAGCGUCAAGGGCGUCCUCAGCCAGGACAUCGUCACGGUGUCGGACAUCCCGAUCGUGCAGGUGUUCGCCGAGGCCACGGCGCUGCCCGCCUUCCCCUUCAUCUUCGCGCGCUUCGACGGCGUGCUGGGCAUGGGCUACCCCGGGCAGGCCAUCGACGGCAUCACGCCCGUGUUCGACCGCAUCGUGGCCCAGCAGGUCCUGCGGGAGGACGCGUUCUCCGUCUACUACAGCCGCGCUUCCAAGAACUCUCCCCUAAAACCCGGUGGGGAAAUCAUCCUGGGAGGCAGCGACCCAGCCUAUUACACCGGCGACUUCCACUACCUGAACGUCAGCAGGAGCGGCUCCUGGCAGAUCAGCAUGAAGGGGGUGUCCGUGGGGGCCGAGGUGCUGUUCUGCAGGGAGGGCUGCUUGGUGGCCGUGGACACCGGCGCCUCCUACAUCACCGGCCCCGCCGGGCCCGUGUCCGUGCUCAUGAAAGCCAUCGGGGCCAUCGAGGUGGCCGAGGGCGAGUACGUGGUGGACUGCGAGCAGGUGCCUCAGCUGCCCAACAUCUCCUUCCACCUCGGGGGGAAGGUUUACGGCCUCGGCGGGCCCGCCUACGUCCUGAGGCAAUCCCAGUUCGGCGAGGACGUGUGCGUGGUGGCUUUCUCCGGGCUGGACAUCCCCCCUCCGGCCGGGCCCCUCUGGAUCCUGGGCGCCACCUUCAUCGGUCACUACUACACCAAAUUCGACCGGCGCCACAACCGCAUCGGCUUCGCCACCGCCCGCUGAGGGGGAGCCGGGCCGGGGGCCGGGCCGGGGGUCCGGGGUGGGUGUGGAGACCCAGCCCGGAGGCUGCAGGAGCCCCGGGGAGCAGCGGGAGAGCAGCAGCUCCGUUCCAGCUCCGCCGCCUCCUCCCGAGCUCGGCUGCUCCCGCUCCCGAACCCCCGCGCCGCUUCCCAGGAGCUUCUCCAGCGGCCAGAGCUGAGCCUGGAGCUGGGCUGGGGGUCCCGGCGGGAUCCCGAGGCCGGAGCGGCCCCUCCGGGCGCUUUCGGGGUGAUGUGCAAUGCCAGGGAUGGGCGGUGACCUUUUGUGCUGCCCCUCAAUUAGCACUGGGGAAUAAUCAGCGUUUGAUGAUAGUUUUAGCCCGUGUUAGCCCUGCCCUUCUUGGUGACUUUGAUAUUAAACAUUUAAAGCAACGGGAGGCUGAGUUGGUCUUGCACAGGGGGGGAUCAGACACCCUAAUUCAGGGAGAGGGACACAAAUGUCCCUCUGUGCCAGGAGCCACUGCCUCGUUUGUGUCCUGCCACCCACAGGGGUGCAACGCCCUCCCAGCUCCUGCCACCUGACAAUUCCCAGCACUGAUGAAUCCCAGUGCUGACAAUCCCUGUGCUGACAAUUCUAGAGCUGAGGAAUUCCCAGAGCUGCCAAAUUCCCUCUCAGCUGCAGGGAAAUUUGGGAAGGGGAAGUUCCCACCAGCACCGAGCCAGUGGCUGCUGUGUGACCCUUCCAGGACCUUCCCAAAGCUCCCAGCCCUCCCUGGAUCCUCAUCCCUUCCUGGAUCCUCAUCCCUGCCCUGCUCCAGCCCUCCCAGCCUGGAUCUUCAUCCCUGCCCGGAUCCUCAUCCCAGCCCGGAUCCUCAUCCCUGCCCUGCUCCAGUCCUCCCUCCAUCCCACCCAGCCUGGAUCUUCAUCCCAGCCCUGCUCCCAGCCCAGAUCCUCAUCCUUGCCCUGCUCCAGCCCUCCCUGGAUCCUCAUCCCUGCCCGGAUCCUCAUCCCAUCCCUGCUCCAGCUCUCCCUCAAUCCCUCCCUGCCCGGAUCCUCAUCCCAGCCCUGCCCCACGGCAGCCCCAAGCAGAGAGGAUGUGGCAGGGGCGGAUGUUUGUCCCUCCUGGGAGUUUCUCCGCAGCCCUGGAGCGUUUAAAUCUCUUCGCGCUGGGAUGCAGAGCCCCGGCGCCUCCGGGGAUGCGAAAAUUCAGCCUCUCGUGGGGAUUUUUUGGU